UGUUAAUGUCUAUCAUUGACCUUUGGACUUAGAUACGGCAUAUAAGAGACACCGAGAAAAGUUUAAGUAAUUUUGGAUAUAUUAUUAACACGAAUUUUUAAUCAUGGGAUCUGAAACCGUGAGUCCUAUUAAAUAUUUCCUCAGCGGAGGAUUUGGUGGAAUAUGUACAGUAGUUGCUGGCCAUCCUCUUGAUACUAUCAAAGUGCGUCUUCAAACUAUGGCACUUACUGGACCGAAUGAAAAGCCUCUGUAUAUAGGUACAUUAGAUUGUGCUAAAAAAACUAUAGCAAAAGAAGGAAUACGUGGUUUAUACAAGGGUAUGGGAGCACCAUUAGUUGGAGUGGCACCUAUAUUUGCAAUGAGUUUUUUGGGAUAUGGUGUUGGAAAAAAGUUACAACAAAAAAGUCCAGAUGAUAAGCUCACUAUACCACAAUUAUUUUAUGCUGGUGCAUUUAGUGGAAUAUUUACAACUAUUAUCAUGGCACCUGGUGAACGGAUAAAGUGUCUAUUACAAAUACAACAUGCAGAUGCAGAGAAAAGAUAUAAAGGUCCCUUUGAUUGUGCUAAACAACUUUAUCGAGAAGGAGGCCUUAGGAGUAUUUAUAAGGGUACAUGUGCAACCUUUUUGAGAGAUAUACCUGCAAGUGGAAUGUAUUUUAUGACAUAUGAAACUAUACAAAGGUGGAUAGUACCUGAUGGAGAAAAACUAGGUUUAUUAUCAACAAUAUUAGCCGGUGGUUUUGCUGGUAUUGCCAAUUGGGUAGUUGGUAUUCCACCAGAUGUUUUAAAAAGCCGAUUGCAAGCAGCUCCUGAAGGCACAUAUAAAAAAGGUAUUCGUGAGGUGUUUGCACGUUUGCUAAAAGAGGAGGGGCUAAGAGCACUUUAUAAAGGGUGCACGCCCGUUAUGUUACGUGCUUUUCCCGCAAAUGCGGCAUGUUUUCUUGGAUUUGAAGCAGCUAUGAAUGUUUUAAAUUGGAUAGCACCUAGUUUAUAAAAUUAAACUUAGGACUGCAAUAGCAAUUAUUCAAAUGGUUUAUUAUACUUUUGUUGAUCAUACUUUUUAUAUAAUGUACUAUUUUGUAGAUCAUAUUAAAAGUUUAUUAACGUAAUCUCAUAAGCAGUAGUAACAAAGUUAACAACAAAACUUGCCUCAUUUAUUUAAUGAUAAUUACUACUGUAAUAGUGUAACUAUGGGUUUCUUUAAAUAUUGAAUUUUUAAACUGUUUGUUUAUAAAAUGUUUAAAUUUUUAAUGUUAUUAUUCAGUACAGAAUUAUAUUUUAAUUGAAUUUUUUAAGAAUAAAAUAAUAUAGUUUAUAAAGGAAAUAUGACAUAUCAACAAUAUAAUAUUAAGAAAUAUAUAUUAUUCAUAUAUAUAGCACUGCCAUACAUAUCACAAGUCAAGAAAUAUUAAUUCUAUAUUUUUUGAGUAAAUUAUAAAAGUACUAUAUCUAUAUCAACAUUUUAUAUUGAAAAUGAAAUAAGUAGAAGUGUUCAUUUGUAUGAUAUCUUAUCACAUCAAUGUUAUACAUAAGAAUGUAUAAAUUAUAUUGAAAGUUGGUCUAUUGAAUCUAGGUAUCUAAAUGAACAUAGUUUAUAUAUAUAAAAAAAAAAAAAAAAAAAAAACCACUCUAGAUAUUAUAAUUUAUUUUUAUAAAAAAGAGUUAUAAUAUAAAAUGAUGAACUUUGUUAUUUAAAACAGUAGUGCAUUGUACUGCUUAUGCAUAUACUGAUUUGUAAUUAAAUGUAAUAUUAUAAAGCUGUAUCUUGUUUAUUAUAUUUAUCAAGAUUAUUGUAAAUUGUUUACAAUAUAUAUAGUUAUAUAGUAGUUUUUUGUACAUGACACAAUCUUAAGAUAUUAUAUGAAGUAAAAAAGAAAAGAGAUUAUUCUCUUUACCUAAUUCUUUAACAUUUCACAUCCAUAAUUUCCAUAUGAUAUUGUAUAUAAUCAUACCGUUCAAUUACUCUUCCCAGUCAUCUGUGUCAGCUUGAGAAUCAUAUUCACUCGUAGCAGAAUUUCUAUCGGAUGCAUAGUGUUCACUCGACUUAGGCGGCGGUGGUGGUAUUGAACUUGACAUUCUCUCUAAUGCCCCUGUUGCAGAGCCAGCAAUACCUUUUCUUCUUAAAGCUAAUUUUGCAUGAAGAUCUGCCAUUAGAUCUCCGCCUACCGAAGCUGAUGACCAACGAUUUUCUUUUUUAUCAAUUGGCACUGUAGGUCUCAAUUUUGCUCUUCCAAUACCACCCGCAUCACGUAUUGCUGCCAUUAAAUUUGAUCGAUCAUCGGUAUUAAUAUUUUUUAUAUUAGACUGAGAUCUUUUUUCGUUCUGCUUUUGUAAACUUUCAUCUUGAGAUUGUUUCUCUGUUGAUGAUGUAGAUGGUAAUG